UGUUCGGCUUUAUCAACAAUCAUGAACGUGAAGUUUUGAAUGUCGACGCUUUCUUUCCCCCUUCUCUCCUUCCUUCGUUGCUGGAACGCAGAAAAAAGCGGAAUGAUGUAGCUUCACCGUCGGAGGAGGAGGUCAGGAGGAGGAUGAGGAAAGGAAAAAAGAAAAGAAACUGAAAGUGCCCUGAGUAGUUUAGCUCUUCAACUCUGUAGUUCCUUCGCUUUUCCUUCUAAUCGCUAAGUGAAUGAUAAAUAAUGACAACAUAUGCUGAAGCAGUUAAAAACCAAGGGGUGUUGCCCCCGAUUGGAGUGUUUUGGGACAUAGAAAACUGCUGUGUCCCUAGAUCCAAAUCUGCAUUGGCAGUGGCCCAGUGCAUACGGGAGAAGUUCUUUGUUGGGCACAAGGAGGCCGAGUUCAUGGUGGUGUGUGAUGCUAGCAAGGAAAACCCUGUGAUUAUAGAGGAAUUGCAUAAUGCCCAGGUAACAGUUGUCCAUGUCAGAUCCUCAUCUAAAAAUGCUGCAGAUGACAAACUUCGCCAGAAACUCCGACGCUUUGGCAGCACUCACUCUCCCCCUGCUACUGUAGUGCUUAUUUCAAGUGACAUUAACUUUGCUGAAGAGUUGAGGUAUUUGCGACACAACUGUGCUUUUCAUGUGGUUUUGGUCCACAGCAGACAAGUUUCCAAUGGACUCCUUGCUUUUGCACAUGAACACUGUUGUUUUGAUGAUCUGGUAGCAAAUGUAUCUUCACGAUUCGAACUACUUGAAUCCAAGAGAGAACGGGAAUCAUUAUCAAAAAGCUCAAAUUAUGCUGAAAGUCCAACUUUCUCUGAUGCUGGAUCAACUGAGACAGCCAAUUCUAAGAAUGAGCUUGUUGUUACUAAUUUACCCUUGAACAAGGAGACACAUUAUCUUCGCCGGAAGUUGAGAUUUCUCUCUGAUAACUGCGGUGGAAAAGUGAAGAAUAUUUCUCAUGGAUCUGCUUUAAUCCGCUUUGCUAAUGCAAAUGAUGCUGCCAGAGCUUAUACGCGCAUGCAGGGUGAAAGUAUAUAUGGCUCGAAAAUAGAGGUGAAUUUUGCUUCUAACUCCAACAGAACAGUCACUGAAAUCUUGAGAAGAAGGAUGAAAGCUUCAUGCGUACAAGAGCCUCCUCGCUUACCUCGACCUAUUCGUGCCAAAAAAGAGUCCCCCUGUCGCAGCAGAACUGCGGAUAAAGUCUCUGACAGUGCAGAUGGCAGCAGCACAGAAACCGAGCAAGUUGCAGCCAGGCAGAGUUACUACAGACCUUCAGAGAGGACAGAACAAGUGCAUGAUAAUGAUGAUAACCCAGGGAACCCACAAAAACCCAACACAAAGACCUUCUUGGUACUUCAGCAGCAGCUAUUUCAGGAUGAGCAGCAGUAUAAACUGAACAAAGAGAAAGAUGGCACCAGUGUCCAAGAGAUGCCAUUUCUGAGACCACAGGAAGUUCCACGUCCAGCAUCGGCUCCAACACUUGGUGAUAUGACCUUCCAUGGCUCUGGGUAUGUGAAGAGGAGUCCAUCACCGAUGAUGAUGAUGAAUCGUCAGAAUAGUGACAGCUAUGUGCAGUCUUAUCGGGUUGCCCCUCGACCUAUCCUUUCAGCUUCUUACGAUGGUGGCAGUCAGACCUCUCUGUGUUCAUUAGGGGAGCCAUUUGUUGAGCUUUUGGUUUCCAACUUGGAUUACAACAUCAGUGCUAGGGAAUGGAAGAAAAUAUUGUGGAGUACAUUUGCACAACAGAUUACUGUCUUGGGGGUCCACAUCCAGACCCAGAUGGACAACAACAAUGUUGGCUUGAUAAGAGUUCCCUCCCUGGACGAAGCCCGCUAUGCCAUCUCUAUAUUUCACAGAAAGAAGAUUGGAUAUAAAAGGAUCCAUGUGACUGUGAGAGAGAACGACAGCAGAGUGGCAUCUACAAUCAAGUCAGAAAUCAUUGCUUUACUGAAAGAAGUUCCUGGUCAAGCGUUGCCUUUGUUCAAGUUUGUGGAAGUGUUUGAAAAGCGGUACCACCGUGCCAUCAGUGUGUCUGAGCUGUUCAAGUUGAAGGAUGUGGUGGAGAUCCAGGACCAGGAUGGGCCAGGAAGGAGGGUGAAACUGUUGCCAGGCUUGCUGCACAGCCCCACACUGCAGGACCCUGAGGAUGCUGAGGUUCAAGAGAUUUUCGAAGUGCCAGUGUGUGAGAUUCACUGUGGCAAUCAGAACUACGUAGACAUGCUGGAUGCUGUGGUGCUGCCCAAUGUGGUGCUGUCUCUCAGGAGUUUUGCACCACAUGUUCACACUUUGUUACAGACUCACAAUGGAAGUCUGCCCCUCAUCAGCUUUCCCCAGUGCUAUGAGACAGAGUUUGGCCCCCUCCCCAUGCUGGAGCAGGACGGGGUGCCCCUGGAGCACCUGAUAAGCUGUGUCCCCGGGGUGCAGAUCAAGCUGUCCAAGUCUGGUAUCAAGAAAGUUCACUGGGCCGAGAAUAAGUCGGCCUGUGAUGCUGAUGAUGACCGUCCGUGUCCAUCCCUGGUGAUGGGUCAGCAGUUGAACCAGUUUAGUCGUGAAGUAGUGGACCUCCUGAAGAUGAGCCCCCACUCACAGAUUCCCUUCAUGAAGUUCAUCCCAGCCUACCACCACCACUUUGGCCGCCAGUGCAGGGUGGCGGACUAUGGCUAUACCAAGCUGAUGGAGUUAUUUGAGGCUGUGCCACAUGUGCUGCAGGUGAUGGGCUUUGGUCAGCGCGUGGUGUUGACGCUGACCCAUCGUGUCCAGGUGAGGCGGUUCACGGCUGACCUCCUCAGGGUUCUGAAAGCACAGCCGACCAAGUCCAUUCCUGUGCAUGAAUUUGCAGAUGCAUAUUCUAAAUAUGUCCUGAAGCCAUUUGAUAUUGUUGACUAUGGUGUGUGCUUCCUGGAGGACAUGCUGGUGGAACUGCCAGAAACUACAGUCACUGUAUGUGGCCUUGGUGAAGAAAUGAUCAUCACUAUUCCAAGAAGAGACCAAACUGAGGAGGAGAUGGAGCGGACCAGGCAGUUUGCCCUGGAGGUUGUUGACCUCCUGAAGCACAGCCCCCAGUGUGACAUGCCCUUCAACAAAUUCAUCCCGGCCUACCACCAUCACUUUGGCAAACAGUGCAAGGUCUCCGACUAUGGAUUUACCAAACUUUUGGAACUCUUUGAGGCCAUUCCAGACACAGUAGAGAUUGUUGAAGAACCAGGAGAUGACAAAAUCAUUCGACUGACAGAGAAGGAACUGUUAAAGGUGCUAUCACAGCAGAUGGUGGAGAUGCUUAGGUCGGAGCACAGUCAGUGCAUCCCUCUGGCACAGCUGGGGUCAAAGUUCAUGAGUUGCCAUGGACACGCACUCCGACUUGAAGACUACAAGGUGGAGUCAUCUACCGAGUUGCUAGGGAAACUGAAACACAUUGUCAAAGUGGAGAUGAAUGAUGGAAUAGAGUGGGUCACCUUGGCCAACAGAGCCCCCAUGUCCCAGCAAGCCUACCGUGUCCUCCUGCUGUUAAUGGACCACAACAGAGGCACCAUGACCUGCAGUGAUCUCUGGGAUACAUACAAGACCACCUUCAAUACAAGUCUCAAUGUGGAUACUGCAUUGAAGGAGCUCAAGUAUUACAUUGAGGUAACAGGGGAAGGCAACAGACGGGUAGUGAAGCUUCAGCCGCUACAGAUGUUUGCUCGUGAGGUUCGUCUGCUUCUACGUAGCAACCAAGGCAAGAUAGGACUGCAGCAGUUUGAAUCUGCCUACGAGGGCCAGUUCAUGGUCCAGCUGAAACCAGUGCGCUAUGGCUUUGCCAGUUUGAUGGCUCUCCUCCAAGCCAUACCUCAUGUUGCUACCAUCCGUGGAAAAGGAUAUAGAAAGACAGUGCUGUUGUCCCAGGACUUUAUUGGCAAGUUGUCCCAGUAUAUCCCACCCUCUCAGAUUCAAGGUUUAGAUGGCAGCACUGCAGGGAGGUCUAACCAAGAUGGGAAGUCUGCAAGUCCUUCCUAUGACUCUGGAAUCACAGAUGAUGAGGAUAAAGACCUAAUGCAUCUAGCAGUCAGCAGGGGGACUAGUCCUGUUGACUUUCUGGCUGACCCUGUGCCAUCCUCUGUUCCAUCUCCUGACUUAAAACCCAGCAGCACUUCACUGGAUGAAAAGGAUCUCAUAGUUCUUGAUGGUGCAAUAAAAUCCUACAGUAUGCAAAAGCCCCAGAAUUUGUUAGAAGGAGUGUUGGGCAGUCUGACAGCUGACGAGAAGAAGGGGCAGAAGACGCCACUUUGUCAAACCCCAGUCUCCAGCAUGCUACAGUUUGCAGCCCAGUAUUUGCCCUCCUCCCUCCCAAAGCCCUUGCCAGUGAUACCACACCAGUCUGGUUCUUCUAUGCCUCCUGGGCAGAUCAUACAUAGAUGGCAACAUUGGCAAGACAGGACACACCCACACCAACAGGAAAUGCAGCAGCAGCAGUUGCAGCAAAAUGAACAGCAACAGGAAGCAGAGAUGAUAAAGCAUCAGCACCAGUUGGAGCAGGCACUACACAUACAGCAACUGGCAUUGCAGCAGAUGCUGAAAACACCACAAAAAGAGAAACAGCAACAGGAAAAAACAAAGUCUUCAGCUGCCUCUCUUUCAGCAAACAGUACUGCUGAACCAGCAAGAGAGAUGGUUGCUCAAGGCACUCCCAGCAGGAAUGCCCCUUCAGCAGUUGCCAGCCCUAACAGCAAGAGUGGCAGUGGGGGUUCCGAGCACAGUGCCAGUCCUUCCUCCAAUAGAGGGACACCCAAGAAGUGCCGAAUAGCUGCUAGAUUUAAUACACCUAUCAAACCACCGAGGGAAGCUUAGAUAAAAAGGACUAUUUGCUGUGUAGACAGUUAAUAUGCUCUCAUAUUCUGUAUUAGUAAAAUUUGUCAUUGACUGUUAUCACUUUUUGAUAUGAAUGAGGCAAUGAAUUAUAGUAGAAGUUGUAAUUCUAUGAGGAUCAAAUUUGACGUCCUUUUCAGUGAUGACUUUCUUCCUGCUGUAGAUUGAUCUUUUCUUAAGAUGGGAUUCAUUUGCUUGUGAUUGAUUACCACUUGGUAGUCAAAUUAUUUAGGCUUUCAUACAAUAUAUAGUAUGAAUAUGAAAUCAUUUACCAAUAUCCAAAAUUAAUUUGGAAAUGAUAACUUUAUUAUAGUGUUUGCAAUUAUAAUGCAAUUUUAUUUAUCCUAAGUUUAAAUUUUAAUAUUAGUUAGAUUUUGUAUAUUUGCUACACAGCUCUGUAAGAACUUCUUUUUGUAGUUUCUGGAUUUUUUAUUUGGUUGUGGGAUAAUUCAGAGUUUGGAACUGGUAUAAUAGAGAAUUAUUUAACUGAAUAUAGCACUCUACUAAAUAUAUAUUGAAAAGCUUUCUUUUUAGUGUCUAUAUCUAUAUAUAUAAACAUGUACGAGUCAAGUGCCAGUAGGUGUCACCCCUAGUCAGGAAAUGCUGAAGUUAAAGUAAAUAUGACAUGCUAUGAUUUGGUGAAAUAUUUACCAUAUAUCUGUUGAUAUGUUGUACUUUGGUGUGAAUUAUACUUAAUACUGAUAAAGCAAAAGUGUAUUUCAUGGGUAUAUCUUUUUUUUUUUUUUAUUUCAGUCAAUUUAUAGUUAUUAUAUACUUCCUUAGUUUUGUGGUAUGAGUCAGAUUCUGACAGUGCAGGUUCCAAGUUCAUGGUGGUUGUCUUUCCUGUACACACAGGAAUUUCACUGCUGGCAAAUGUUUAGUAUGUGCAAGAAAUCCAUAAUUACUGAUUGCAUCAUGAGUAUCCCCCACCAUCAUUAUUGGUAUAAGUGUCCAAUAAAUGAGACUUGGGGAGAAAACAUGAGAACAAAUGAUGUUGGAAAUGCCAGUUUUAAAUCCUUUACAAAUGUAAAGAAGAGAGCAAGGAAGCUAUCACCAAGGCAAGCUGCUUAAGACUGAAAGCUGAAAAAAAAAGAAUGUCAUAAGAAACUGAUGUUCCAUGCCUCCCAACAUGGAUAAUCAAUACAUCCAUGGGAGGUUACCUAUUUUUCAGUUUUCUAGCCUUCUUAGCAACUUUGCAAGACUUGCUUGGGAGAUGUCCCACAUAAGUUGUGAAAAAAAGUCAACCUUGGAAGCACUGUAUGAAAGAAUGCGUUUUAAAGACUGAUAUCAGUAUUGUAUGGGUUCCAAUGGCAUUAAUGUUCUAAAGAAAAUACAUAGACCAUCUAUGUAGUAUGAAUAUUAUGCCAUGUACAUGUUAAUUGAUGUGAGCUGUUAUUAUUUCAGGAAAGGCUGUCAGUUUCCAGAGAUCUAAGUUGCCUUUACAUUUAGAGCAAGUUUUGACAAGAGAGUGGAAUUAAGGUGCAGCUUUGAUUAUAAAUUCCUUUUUUCACAUUUGACUCUAUAUUCCAUUUGUUUAUAUUAGCUAUAUGGCAUACAAUUAACAGAUGUAUGUGUUCUGAGAAUACAAAUGUUCAAACAAUAUUGUCAAAGGCAAAAGUGGCUUUGAAUUCUGGAUAUUUCAAUUAAUUUAGUGUUAUAUAUCGAAAUUUCGAUUAAUGUUGCUUCCAUGCACAGUAUAAAUGAAAUAAACUUGUUGCUGAAUCAA